CUCCCCCUCCCUGCCUCUGUGCUGUCUCUCCCUCCUCCCCUGCAUGGAGCUGCAGUUUGUCUGAGGGUCUCCUGGGUCUGGCAUCACUGCAGCAUAGAGAAGGGCAGGGCGGCUGUUUUCCAGGCGAUGCGCUGAAAGAUGGUGCACCAGGAGAAACGUGUUUACCAGGCUCAGAGGAAUGAGAGAGAAUCCAUCAGGCAGAAACUUGCUCUUGGCAGUUUCUAUGACGACGAACCAGUCAUCUACACCAGCUGCAGCAGGAACGGCCUAUCCUCCCGACUGCAGAAUGGGGUGAACCUGCAGGUGUGUUUUGUUAAUGACAGCAGCAGCGACAAAGACAGUGACGCCGAAGACAGCAGAACAGAGACCAGCCUGGACACACCUCUGUCCCCUGUGAGUAAGCAGAGCUCAUCCUUAUCAGAUCGAGACACCACAGAGGAGGACUCGGACCCGUUAGAUGACUGUGGAGGCUUCUGGAGGGUACAACGGAGGCUCCAGGAGGAGGCCCGGGUGGCUCUGGCCCUGGCGCGACCUAUGGCCCGCAUGCAGGUGGAGGUGGAGAGGCAAAUCCAACAGCACAGACGCUCACCUGUGGCUGAUUUGCUUCCCCAUCUGCCCCACAUCAGCGAGGGCUUGAUGAAGAGGAAUCUAAGGCGAGCAGACAUCAGGGACAUGAGCCUCGGACAGCUGCAAGUUAUCACUAACGACUUACACUCACAAGUACAAAGUUUAAAUGAGGAGUUGGUGCAGCUUCUGCUACUGAGAGAUGAGCUGCAUGUGGAGCAGGACGCCAUGCUGGUGGACAUAGAAGACCUCACCAGGCACGCUCACAGCCAACAGCGACACCAGGCUGAGAAAAAGCCUCUCUAAGUGGACUCCCCUUCUGCACGCCGUCUAAUCCUCCUGCACCAUGAUGUGUCACCUGGUCGCAAA